AUGGCCGGCGGCGGCGCUACCUGCGGGCGGAGGGGCGGCCCCGGGGCGCGGUACCUGCGGUCGGGCGGCGGCUGCUGCUUCCGCGAGCCUCCUUUGGCCGGCCAGGAGCCCGGCCGUGCCCUCGCCCUCUGGCGGGCCGCGGGGCGGGGCGAUGCGCAGGCCCCGCCCACGGGCAUCCUGGGGCGUUCCGGCUGGGCCGGCGCGGAGAAGUGCCUUUCAGAUCAUGUUUUAAAACCUUCCACGUCUGGCGUUGGGAACGCAGCCGCGGCUUGGUGCUGGAUAGCAAGAGGCAAAGGAAGAAAAGCACAGCACUUCUCCAGACCAAAGGCAAAGGCAGGUGCAUACAACGGCCUCCCACAGAGCAGCGGUGUCAGUGGACGGAGGUGUGUCCAUGGCCCUCGUGGGCUGCCCAGCGCUGUGUGGGUAUCCCCAUUGCUCACGCCAUCCCCAGCUUCCUAUUUCUCUUGCAACUGGGACAUCAGGAGAGGCUUUGCAUCGAACUGUCUGCCCAGGGGACGGUGGUAUGGAGCACAGAGUCAUUUCACGGUGCUGCAGUCUCACAAUCACGGGUGCCCACCCGUCCUGCUCUGUGCUUCCCGUGUGGCCUCCAUGAGCACCUGCCUCCAUGCCACAGCCACAUCGUGCUAAGGCAGAGUUACAAGGGGCAACCACAAGUUCACGUGCAGGUGGCUUGGCGCAGUGAACCGACGGAGAUUCCUUCCCCUCACAGUCACCUGGGGAUGUGCAGAUGAAAGGGGCCCCUCCCUGGGCCUCUCCCCACCUGGAGGAAGGUGGUGUGAUAACCCAUUAGUGGAAACUUCCGCCCAAAUACAAAUAGAUGCAAAGUCCGGCAAGGACAAAGUGUGCCCUCUUCCAUGCCCUCACGUGCCGCAUGAGGAGAG